GCCCCGGCCGGCCAGACCAUAAAGAGCCGGGCGGCCGCCGCUCAGCAGAGCCGCGAGCGCACUCAGCUCCGCGCGGCGUCCGGACGCGAGCAUCGCCCCCGACGGCAGCCCGGGACGCCGCGCCCCGCACACGCCUCGCGCUCCCUCCACCUGCGCCGCCCGCGGGGCCGGACGGAGAACGUACCCCGCAGGGGACAGCGAGGCGCGGCUGAGUUGCCUUCGCCCGCGACCGCCCGCGGCUGCAGGAAGAGCCAACAUGCUGGCCCCGCUCGCAGCCGCCUUCCUCCUGCUGCACCUGGCUCUGCCGCCGCGGCUGGGGGCCGGCGCCCAAGCCACCCCCCAGGUCUUUGACCUUCUCCCAUCCUCUAGCCAGAGGCUGAACCCAGCUGUUCUGCAGCCAAUCCUGACAGACCCCACCCUGAAUGAGGUCUACGUGAUCGCCACCUUCAAGCUGCACACGAAAAGCUCAGCCACCAUCUUUGGCCUUUACUCUUCAACAGACAACAGCAAAUACUUGGAAUUCACCGUGAUGGGACGCUUGAACAAAGCCAUCCUCCGUUAUCUGAAGAAUGACGGGAAGAUUCAUUUGGUGGUUUUCAACAACCUGCAGCUGGCGGAUGGUAGGCGGCACAGGGUCCUCCUGAGACUGAGCAACUUGCAGCAAGGGGCUGGCUCUGUAGAACUCUAUGUGGACUGCACCCAAGUGGAUUCUGUGCGCCAUCUCCCCAGAGCCUUUUCCAGCCCCUCCCAGAGUCCCGAGUCCAUUGAAUUGAGGACUUUCCAGAGGAAGGCACAGGACUUCUUGGAAGAGCUGAAGCUGGUGGUGAGAGGCUCGCUGUUCCAGGUGGCCAGCCUGCAGGACUGCUUCCUGCAGCAGAGUGAGCCGCUGGCCACGGCAAGCACAGGAGACUUUAAUCGGCAGUUCCUGGGGCAAAUGAUGCAGCUAAACCAGCUACUGGGAGAGGUGAAGGAUCUUCUGAGACAGCAGGUCAAGGAAACCUCAUUUUUGCGGAACACUAUUGCUGAGUGCCAGGCUUGCGGUCCACUCAGCUUUCAGUCUCCAACCCCAAACACACUGAUGCCCCCGGCGCCCCCCGCACCCCCGACACCCCCGAUACCACCCGUGCGUCGCUGUGACUCCAACUCGUGUUUCCGCGGCGUCCGCUGUAUGGACACCAGAGACGGCUUCCAGUGUGGGCCCUGCCCUGACGGCUACACAGGAAACGGGGUCACCUGUUCUGAUAUCGAUGAGUGCAAAUACCAUCCCUGCUACCCAGGCGUGCGCUGUGUGAACUUGGCUCCCGGCUUCCGGUGUGAGGCCUGCCCGGUGGGCUUCACCGGGCCUGUGGUACAGGGUGUCGGCAUCAGUUUCGCCAAGUCAAACAAGCAGGUCUGCACCGACGUUGAUGAGUGUCGAAAUGGAGCAUGUGUUCUCAAUUCUAUCUGUAUUAACACUUUGGGAUCUUACCGCUGUGGGCCCUGCAAACCAGGGUACACGGGUGAUCAGACAAGGGGGUGCAAAACCGAAAGGAACUGCCGAAAUCCUGAGCUGAAUCCUUGCAGCGUGAAUGCGCAGUGCAUCCAAGAGAGGCACGGCGAUGUGACCUGUGUGUGUGGCGUCGGCUGGGCUGGUGAUGGCUAUAUCUGCGGGAAGGACGUGGACAUCGACAGUUACCCUGACGAAGAACUGCCGUGCUCUGCCAGGAACUGCAAGAAGGACAACUGCAAGUAUGUGCCAAACUCUGGCCAGGAAGACGCAGAUAGAGAUGGCAUUGGGGACGCUUGUGACGAGGACGCUGAUGGAGAUGGGAUCCUCAACGAGCAGGAUAACUGUGUGCUGACUCACAACGUGGACCAAAGGAACAGUGACAAAGAUAUCUUUGGGGACGCCUGUGAUAACUGCCGGACUGUCCUGAAUAAUGACCAGAAAGACACUGAUGGGGAUGGAAAAGGAGAUGCCUGUGAUGAUGACAUGGAUGGAGACGGAAUAAAGAAUAUUCUGGACAACUGCCCAAGAGUUCCCAACCGUGACCAGCAGGACAGGGAUGCAGACGGUGUGGGUGAUGCCUGUGACAGCUGUCCUGAUGUCAGCAACCCUAACCAGUCUGAUGUGGAUAACGAUCUGGUUGGGGACUCCUGUGACACCAAUCAGGACAGUGAUGGAGAUGGGCACCAGGACAGCACAGACAACUGUCCCACGGUCAUCAACAGUGCCCAGCUGGACACUGAUAAGGAUGGCAUCGGGGACGAGUGUGAUGACGACGAUGACAAUGAUGGCAUCCCAGACCUGGUGCCCCCUGGACCGGACAACUGCCGGCUGGUCCCUAACCCAGCCCAGGAGGACAGCAACAGCGACGGCGUGGGAGACAUCUGCGAGACAGACUUUGACCAGGACCAGGUUAUCGAUCGGAUCGACGUCUGCCCGGAGAAUGCAGAGGUCACCCUGACUGACUUCAGAGCCUACCAGACUGUGGUCCUGGACCCCGAAGGGGAUGCCCAGAUCGAUCCCAACUGGGUGGUCCUGAACCAGGGCAUGGAGAUUGUGCAGACCAUGAACAGCGACCCCGGCCUGGCAGUGGGGUACACGGCAUUUAACGGAGUUGACUUUGAAGGGACCUUCCAUGUGAACACCCAGACAGACGACGACUAUGCCGGCUUCAUCUUCGGUUACCAAGACAGCUCCAGCUUCUAUGUGGUCAUGUGGAAGCAGACAGAGCAGACGUACUGGCAAGCUACGCCAUUCCGGGCUGUCGCCGAGCCUGGCAUCCAGCUUAAGGCUGUGAAGUCUAAGACGGGCCCCGGGGAGCAUCUCCGCAACUCCCUGUGGCACACGGGGGACACCAGUGACCAGGUCCGGCUGCUAUGGAAGGACUCAAGGAACGUGGGCUGGAAGGAUAAGGUCUCCUACCGCUGGUUCCUGCAGCACAGGCCCCAGGUGGGCUACAUCAGAGUGCGAUUUUAUGAAGGCUCCGAGUUGGUGGCUGACUCUGGGGUCACCAUAGACACCACCAUGCGUGGAGGCCGGCUUGGCGUGUUCUGCUUCUCCCAAGAAAACAUCAUUUGGUCCAACCUCAAGUAUCGCUGCAAUGACACCAUCCCAGAGGACUUCCAAGAGUUUCAAACCCAGAAUUUCGAUCGCCUGGAUAAUUAAACCAAGGAGGCAGUUCGUAAUUGCUUUUCCAAACACUAAAGCUCUAUAUUUUUUAACUUCCUACAACUUUUUUUUAUAUACACCGUGGCUUUCUUUUUACCAGUCCAGAUAUGUAAAACUUUUUAUAUGAAUGUGGCAAUAAAGAAGAGAUAAUUUCUAAAAA